CUCGAUGUGAUAGAAAGUUUUAGAUUAUGCAUAAUUUAAUAUGUUCGUUUUCUGCAUGACUACCAGAUUAAACAUAAUUUCCCGGCAGUCGAAGCAAAAAUGCCACUUUUCCUGUCUGGGAUUAGUGUCAGGCGGAUAGCGGAUUUUCGACAUUACGGACCGUGCUACUAAUAGGUUUGGAAACAGCCGGUCGUUGGCGCUCGAAACAGAAGCUUCUUCAUUGGUCAGCUCAAUCUAAAACAUCACCUCAGCAUUCCUUAUCGGCUCGAGUCAACAUCCCUAUCUACCCCGAAUUCGCAAAAAUACCUCCCGAUACAAUACCUAGAUACAUUUUCCCAGGGAGAAACGAUGUACCAUCUAGCCAAAUCGCUGUACCUCCUCGCGCGACGGAAAGAGGAAUACUCGGUCAUCCUCCUGGGCCUCGACAAUGCCGGCAAGACGACGUUCCACGAGCAGGCCAAGGCGCUCUUCCUGCCCGAGCACCCGGACCCGAAGCUGAAGACGGUGCCGACGGUGGGCCAGAACGUGUCGACGCUGACGCUGCCGGACAUGUACGUCAAGAUCUGGGACGUCGGCGGCCAGCUGAGCCUGCGCAAGCUGUGGCAGAGCUACUACGCCAGCUGCCACGCCAUCGUCUUCAUCAUCGACAGCACCGACAUCGGCGACGGCAACCUCGAGCACGACAGCUCCGGCCGCCUCGAGGAGUGCCGCCUCGUGCUCGAGGACGUGCUGCAGAACUCAGAGACCGAGGGCGUGCCGCUGCUGAUACUGGCCAACAAGCAGGAUAGGGAGGACUGCGUCGAGGUCGUGCGCAUAAAGGAGGGCCUGGUCAAGAAAGUGUUCGAAGGCGAGAAGGCGUCGAGUAUUCGCGACUCGAGGGUGUUGCCUGUGAGCGCUCUGACGGGUACCGGCGUGAGGGAAGCAGUUGAGUGGGUGAGGUCGAGGGUCAAAUGGAAUAAAGAAUCGAGGCCGCCGGUAAUGCGGUAGGAAGUCAGGAAGUCAGGAAGUUUGACAUUGCAAGAUUACCCCGUGUUGUUUGGUUUAGAGAGGGCCCGGUGGCCUGGUUUUGCAUUCAGCGUCAUGGACAAGGCGUUCAA